CUCUCCCCUCUCUCUGCCCUCUCUCCCCUCUCUCCCUGCCCUCUCCCGGCGAUGUGUCUGUGGAGUCGGGACUAAUCGGACGCCUUUCGCCCAGAAAUGUCCGAAGUGCGGAAAUUCACCAAACGGCUCAGCAAACUCGGCACUGCUGCGGAGCUGCGGCAGAGCGCCUCGGAGGCGGUCAGGAACUCGCUGUUUGUGGAAAAAAACAAAAUAAUUGAACCGCUGGAUUAUGAGGAUGUUAUUGUGCAAAGAAAGUCACAGAUUCAAAGUGAUCCUCUGCGGGACCUAUUGCAGUUCCCAUUAGAUGAUGUUUCUAUCUCUACAGUUCCACGUCAGAGAAGAACACUCCACUCCACAGUGCCUGCAGCUACUGCAAAACUGGCACAAAGCCUGCUGGUUAAAGAGUGCAUUAAGACUUAUAACUCCAACUGGCAGGUAGUAAACUGCAAAUAUGAAGAUUAUUCAGGCGACUUCAGGAUCUUGCCCAGCAAAGGGCUUCAACCAGAGAAACUGCCUGUGCAUCUAUUUGAAGUUGAUGAAGAUGCUGAUAAAGAUGAGGAUGUCUCGUCAAUUUGUUCACAGAAAGGAGGAAUCAUUAAACAAGGAUGGCUAUUCAAAGCCAACAUGAACAGUACCAUCAGUGUUACAAUGAGGGUAUUUAAGCGGCGGUUCUGUUUCCUGACACAGCAAUCUGAUGGCUCUUACACACUUAAUUUUUGCAAAGAUGAGAAAGUCUGUAAAGAGUCCAAAGCAUCAAUCUUCUUGGAUUCUUGCAAUGAUGUUGUACAGUGUUCCAAGAUGCGUCGAUAUGGCUUUGAACUCCGAAUGCAGGAGAAGUGCAGCUGUCAUUUAGCAGCAGACAGCGAGCAAGAAAUGGACGAGUGGGUGUCUACUUUAAAGAAGAGCAUUCAGAGCUACGCUGACACUGUGAUGCAUGAGAAGAGAAACGGAGAAUCACUUGAAAGUGGACUGGAUGAAGAAUCAUUCAGCCAAGGAAAGUCUGAAAGUAUGAUGGAGAGUUUGGAGAAAAGCAUGCAUCCAGAGCUAAUGAAGUAUGCCCGAGAAUCUGAUUACCUGAAUAAGGUCAACAGAAGUGAAGGCAGAUAUAAAUUGUUUGCUUUGGACCCAGACACACAGAAACUGGAUUUUUCAGGAAUUGAACCAGAUGUGAAACCAUUUGAGGACAAGUUUGGCAAACGCUUUAUGGUGAAAUGCCAUGACUUAUCCUUCACUCUGCAAGGCUGUGUGAAUGACAAGACAGAUAGAACGGCAACAAAUGUUGAGCCAUUUUUUGUUACCCUGGCACUGUUUGAUGCGAAGAAUAAUCGCAAGAUAUCAGAAGACUUCCAUGUGGACCUGAAUCCCCCAGCAGUCUUGGAAAUGUUACCAAGGGACUCAGAUAAUGGAUCUGGCAAUAGCUUAGCAAGUGCUGGCUCGUCUACUACUAAUGACGCUUGCCUUCAAGGAGUAUCUGAGAGGUUGCUGCGCUAUCCAAAACAGGGCAUAUUUUCAGUGACAGCCUCCCACCCUGAUAUUUUCCUGGUGGCACGAAUAGAAAAGGUCUUACAAGGAGGAAUUGCUCAGUGUGCAGAACCAUACAUCAAAUGUUCUGAUGCAAAUAAGACGGCCCAAAAAGUGCUUAAAAUUGCCAAACAGAUAUGCAGCAGGCUUGGGUGCUACAAAAUGGCUUUUGCUUGGGCUGCAAGGCCAGUGUUUAAAGAUACUCAGGGCUCUCUGGACACAGAUGGAAAGUUCUCAUCUUUGUACAAACAGGACAGUAAUAAGCUCUCGAACGAAGACCUGUUUAAACUGCUAGCAGACUUCAGGAAGCCAGAGAAGAUGUCUAAACUUCAGAUGAUCCCAGGAAAUUUAAAUGUGACUAUCGAAUGCGUUCCUCCAGACGUUUCCAGCAGUGUUACAUCAUCAUACAUCCCGAUAAAGCCUUUUGAGGAAGCCAAUUGCAGCUGUGUAUCAUUUGAAAUCGAAGAGUUUGUUCCAGAUAUUGCAAAAUAUUUGCAUCCAUUUGCCAGCUACAAAAACCAUUUGUAUGUUUACCCCAACCAACUAAAAUAUGACAACCAAAAGUCAUUUGCUAAGGCAAGAAACAUUGGAGUCUGUGUGGAAGUCCGAGAUUCUGAUGGAGAAAACUCGCGCCCCUUGAAGUGUAUCUAUGGCAAACCAGGAGGCCCUGUAUUUACAACACAAGCAUAUGCUACAGUCCAACAUCAUCAACAAAGUCCGGAGUUCUAUAAUGAGGUCAAAAUUGAGCUGCCUGUGCAUCUUCAUGAAAAACACCAUCUUCUGUUCACAUUUUACCACAUCAGCUGUGACAUAAACAGUAAAGGAACUACCAAAAAACAGGAAAAUGUUGAAUCACAAGUUGGCUGUUGCUGGCUUCCACUACUGAAAGACGGCAGAGUAGUUACAUCUGAACAGCAGCUGCCAGUCUCUGCUAACCUUCCUCAUGGAUACCUCGGGAAUCGCGAUUCAGACACCAAGAAGCACCCUGUUCCUGACAUUAAGUGGGUGGAUGGAGGAAAACCCCUAUUCAAAGUUAAAAAUCAUCUAGUGUCUACAGUUUACACUGAAGACCAGUAUUUGCACAAUUUCUUCCAUCACUGUCAGCAAAGUCCAUCAGGAACACAAGCGAUCACUGGAGACCUUAUAAAACAUUUAAAGUGUUUGCAUGCUGUGGAACCCUGUGUGAUGGUCAACUUCUUACCAACGGUCUUCAACCAGCUUUUUCAAAUUCUCACACAAACCAGCCAGGGGGACGUUGCAGUGAAUGCCACGAGGGUAAUAAUUCAUAUAAUCUCCAACUGUCAUGAAGAGGACCUAGACCAUUAUUUACGAUCAUUCAUCAAGUAUGUUUUCAGGACAGAAGAAUACACAAUGGCAGAAAACAAAGCAACACACGAAGAACUGGCAAAAUCAAUGACUACAAUCCUCAAACAAUCUGCAGAUUUUCUCACCAUCAACAAAUUGUUGAAGCAUUCGUGGUUUUUCUUUGAAAUAUUGAUCAAGUCAAUGGCUCAAUAUCUAAUUGAGAAAAACAAGUUGAAGCUGCCCAGAAACCAAAGAUUUCCAGAUUCCUAUCAACAUGCAGUACAUUCCCUACUCCUCGCACUGAUUCCUCACAUCAAUCUGAGGUACGGAGAAAUUCCAGAAGAAUCCAGGAAUGCAAAUAUCUAUUGGGCUCAUUUCAUGAAGCGUUGUUUGACCUUUAUGGACAGAGGAUUUAUCUUUAACCUAAUUAAUGACUACAUCAGCUGUUUUUCCCCUAAAGACCCCAAGGCACUCACUGAGUUUAAGCUGGAUUUCUUGCAAAUAAUAUGCAACCAUGAACACUUCAUUCCUUUGAAUUUGCCGAUGUCCUUCGGGAAAAGUCGACUUCAGAGGAUUCAGGAUCUGCAGCUUGAGUGCAGCCUCACUGAUGACUUCUGCAAGCACCACUUUCUGCUGGGACUACUCCUGAGGGAAUUUGCUGUAGCACUUAAUGAAGUUCACGAUAUCCGACACACAGCUAUUAUUAUUUUGAAGAACCUUCUGAUAAAGCACACGUUUGAUGAUCGAUAUGCUCACAAGAAUCACCAGGCUAGGAUAGCCCUUUUGUACCUGCCACUGUUGAAACUGUUGUUCGAAAAUGCACAGAGGCUCAGUGUAAAGGAAUCAGCUUUUUAUCUGACUUUCUCGAGCAGUGCCAUCCGAGACGACUUAGCAUUCAACUUCUCACCAGCAAAUGGCAGUUCAUCUCCACGCAAAUCUUGUAGUUUUAUUGACAAAGAUUUAGCUCUUUCAGGUUAUGGAGCUCUUUACACUCCUGGGCUGAAACGCGAAGAUUCGAGAGGCUCCUUGAGUAUGGAAUUCAGUGCAGCCGAUGAAAGACAAAAUUCCAUAGAUCAGAGCAAUGACCGCAGGAGCUCAACAGGGAGCGGAGUAUCGCAGUAUAGCCAGCUGAACCAAUAUGAAAUCCGUAGCCUUCUCAUGUGCUUCGUUCACAUUGUCAAAGCUGUCUCUGAAGAUGUUUUGGUGGCUUAUUGGAACAAGUUGUCAGCUCAAGAACUCAUGGCCUUUCUCACCAUUUUGGAAGUGUGUCUUCAUCAAUUCAGAUAUGUGGGAAAGAGACACAUAGCAAGAAUGCAAGAAGGAUUGGGAUCUAAAUACUCUGCAUCUGACAGGAAGUCUCAGACCAUGCCUGCACUUCGUAAUAGAGCAGGACUGAUGCAUGCCAGACUUCAGCAGCUUGGGAACAUGGACAGUUCAUUCACCCUUAACCACAGUUUUGGUGCCUGUGAAGCAGAUAUUAGUCACCAAUCAUUACUUGAAGGCAGCAUUACUACUGAAGUAUGCCUGACAGUAUUAGAUACAAUCUCGUGUUUUACUCAAAAUGUCAAGAAUCAGUUACUCGAAGGCGAUGGGCAUAACCCUCUAAUGAAGAAAGUGUUCGAUAUUCACCUCUCAAUGGUUAACAGCCAGUCUGAGACAGCUAUGAAACAUGCCUUUGCAUCUUUAAGAGCCUUCAUUAGCAAGUUCCCUUCAACAUUUUUCAAAGGAAGAGCAAAUAUAUGUGCAUCGUUUUGCUAUGAAAUCCUAAAGGGCUGCACCUCAAAGCUAAACUCAACCAGAAGCGAAGCCUCUGCAAUUCUGUAUUUGCUGAUGAGGAACAAUUUUGAGUACACCAAAAAGAGGACAUUUUUGAGAACACAUCUGCAGAUCAUAAUUGCAGUCAGUAGACUUAUAGCAGAUGUGGUUCUGACUGGAGGAUCCAGGUUUCAGGAAUCUCUGUCCAUCAUCAAUAAUUUUGCCAACAGCGACAAAGCUCUCAAGUCGACAGCUUUUCCGAGUGAAGUGAAAGAUUUGACGAAGAGAAUUCGUACGGUGCUGAUGGCUACAGCUCAAAUGAAGGAGCACGAAAAGGACCCUGAAAUGUUAGUCGAUCUGCAGUACAGUCUGGCAAAGUCGUAUGCCAGCACUCCAGAGCUGAGGAAGACGUGGCUGGACAGUAUGGCAAAGAUCCACGCCAAAAAUGGCGAUCCAUCCGAGGCAUCAAUGUGCUAUGUUCACGUGGCUGCACUGGUUGCAGAAUACCUUUACAGAAAAAAAUCCUUUCCUAAAGGGUGCUCUGCUUUCAAAGCAAUAACUCCCAACAUUGAGGAAGAAGCUGCUAUGAAGGAGGAUGCUGGUAUGCAAGAUGUCCACUACACAGAGGACGUUCUUGUGGAGCUAUUGGAGAAGUGUGCGAAUGGACUGUGGAAUGCAGAGCGCUACGAGCUGAUUGCAGAGAUUUACAAGUUCAUAAUUCCAAUUUACGAGAAACGACGGGAAUUUGAGAAACUUUCUUUCAUAUACAGCACAUUGAAUGAUGCUUAUAAGAAAAUUGUAUUGGUUCUUAAUACGGGGAGGAGGCUGCUAGGGACCUUCUUUCGAGUGGCUUUUUAUGGACAGAGCUUCUUCGAGGAGGAAGAUGGAAAGGAAUACAUCUAUAAAGAACCCAAAUUGACCAGGCUGCCCGAAAUAUCUGAGAGACUGCUGAAACUUUAUGGUGAUAAAUUUGGGGCUGAGACAGUGAAAAUCAUCCAGGAUUCUAACAAGGUGAAUGCAAAAGACUUGGACCCCAAAUAUGCGUACAUUCAAAUUACUUUUGUCAAUCCCUAUUUUGAUGAAAAAGAAUCGUCUGACAGGAAAACAUAUUUUGAGAAAAACCACAAUAUUUGCCGAUUUGUUUUUGAGACUCCCUACACGUUAUCUGGAAAGAAGCAAGGAGGGGUGGAGGAACAGUGCAAGCGACGAACCAUUUUAACGACAAUACACACGUUUCCAUAUGUGAAGAAGAGGAUUGCAGUUAUGUACGAACAUCAUGUUGACCUGAAACCAAUUGAUGUUGCUACUGAUGAAAUGAAGGACCGAACAGCCGAACUACAAAAGCUGUGCGCCUCAAAUGAAGUGGAUAUGAUUCAAUUGCAACUUAAACUCCAGGGCUGUGUUUCCGUGCAAGUGAAUGCUGGACCACUGGCUUAUGCAAGGGCAUUCCUCGAUGAACAUAAAUGCAGCAAAUAUUCAAGCAAAAAAGUGAAGCAGCUAAAAGAUGUCUUCCAGCAAUUUGUUGCAGCUUGCAGCCUUGCUCUGGAUUUAAAUGAGCGUCUGAUCAAGGAGGACCAGAUGGAGUACCACGAAGGGCUAAAGUCAAACUUCAAAGACAUGGUGAAAGAAUUGUCAGAAAUAAUCCACGAGCAGAUUUUAACAGAAGAAGAUGUCAUGAAAUCACAGCUGCGGAACUCACUGUAUGUUUUUAGCGCUAUCAGCGGAACGACUUCUGGUGCCCCAGUUCAUGGCUCACCCAACGCCCCCUCGACAGUCUGACAGGGCUGCACGCUGAGGAAGGAGGGUGCUUGAAACAUUUUAUCUUUAUUCAUUCUCAGGAAAGUUUGUUGCCAAAGCUUUCAUUGUGGCCAAUGGAAACUGUAACACAAGUUGUUCUAAGUGCAAUGGUAGUUUUCCAUGGCCUGCCGGGAGUUGUAUUCAAAGGAGGAACCCAGCGGUUCGAAGGGCCCAAGUGUAUACAACUGCAAGUUUUUGUAUUUUAAAAAACAUUCUUAUUCAGGUCAUAUGUUGUCUGCAAACAGUGUUUUGCCCAAGGUGGCUGAAUUUAUCCAUUAGACAUUUUGAAAAGAUUUAACUUUGAGGAGUCUAAUCCUGCAUCACAAGUACAAGGCUCAACAUAUAUUUCAAAACCUUCUUGUAAUUUUCUAGUUGUACAGAAUGCUGGUUUGAAUGUGUUUGAAAGUAAAAUGAGUUAAUGUGUGAUUAUUCACAGUAUCGUACAUUUAAAAUGUAACAAAAUAGCGGUAAUUGUGUAAACAUCUUAACUGUGGACUAUUUAAAAAUACAUGGUUUUUAUUUUCAAAAAAAUGUCAGAGCAAAAUACAUACAGACUAAGGAAUGAAAAAUACUUGCCUUUGCUGAUGAUAGUUAACAUAUCGAAAAGAUGCAUCAGAAAAAUAUUUGUAUGUUUGGAAAGAAAGAAUGAAUCUGCAGUAUUCAGAAUUCGUGUUCUUCAGCUAAUCUUUGCUUGUCGAAUGGAAAACAAAUAGCUUGAAUGAUUUAGAGAUAUUUGUUGCUGCUGCUAUUUCAUUUUGAACCUUGUGAAUACUUACAAGUUGUAGCUUACAGAAUAUGAAUGUCGUUGGUGUCUUUUAAAAACAAUUUUCUGCAAUUUUAUUCUAAAUAUUAUAAAUGGAAAAGGUUAAAGAACUGUUUUCCCAAUGCAAAGUAUUCACAGUAAAUUGAGGAAGGUGUUUAUUUUGGUGCACUAACCUUGCAAUUCUCAAUAGAUGUUUUUUAAAAAUUGUUAACUCAUGAGGCAUUUUAUGAACAUUAGUUCACUUUUGUGUCCUCUUCCUCCCCCAUAAUACGAAUCAGUUAUUUCUGUUAUAUUUUAGCCUCUGUUGUGUUUUUAUUCAUGUUUUAAUUUGUUUAACAUAUCAGUUUGCCAGAAUACUGAAACUAGUACAGUAUCUCCUAACAUCCACUAUGCAAAUAGAGGAGCAGUUAUAAUAAAUUAUGUGCCAUGCCACCACAGAGCUAUGCAAACUAGAGAUCGUAAGGCUUUGCUACCAAAUACAAAGAUCUCAUGAAAAUACAAAAUAAAGCCAUCAGUGUAACUGCUAUCACAAACGGCAGAAUUCAACUGAUUGUCAGUAAUCCCAGUUCCAAUAUUUGUUUAUUAACCUAUCUUUACUAUGCUAUUCUUCCUUUCUCAAGUGUACAGAAAAUAAAAUGGUCAUUGCCAGCCAUGUGGAGACCCACUGUUGCUCAGUGGCUUUCGUUUAAAUGUUGUACUGGGUUAAUACUUAGGAGACAAUUUAUGAAUACUAUGAAAAUUUUCUCUCGGCAGUGACAGCUGUUUUGAUGUUCUGUAAAUGUUGAGGGAAAGCAUUGAAUUGUUUAUGUAUCUAGGUCAAAAGUUAAUGGAAAUAUUAUUUGUCUCCUAUAUUACCCAAGCAUUUUUCUACUUUGCACAACCCUCCUCCACUCAUCCUCUAUCUCUCCCACUUUCCAUGAGGUGGGAUUAUUCAGCACUUCCGUGCACGGAAUUAGUGUAGUGCUAACACAACACACACAAAAUAUAAAGUCAAUUUAAAUAUGAAAAUUAAGCUGUAAAUUUCAUUCAAUGAGGAAAAUAUAGCUCUUGUCUUUGAAGUUGAAAAUUUAAAUUGUUGCGUGCCAGCUUAAAACGCACUGCAUUCUGAAAUGUAUUGUACAGCUGAUCAUAGUAGGCCAUUGUCACGAAUUCAUUGUAUUCAUUCAUUUAGAUCCAUUGUGCCUGCAGAUUGCUAACUGGAAAUCCUAUCGUUUCAAGAGCAUCAACUGUAAGAACUUAAUAUUCUAUAUGAAGAUUUCAGCAUUUGUAAUUAUUACUGUAAAAGGAUCUAAUUCUGCUUCCAUGCCAAAAGCAUGACCCCUCGGACAUUAGCUUGGGCAUUUUAAGCUGUGGUAGCAUAAUCCAGUUGUGUUUCCAUCAACCUUUGCUGUUAGGCUAACCGUGCCCCGUUUGACAGUGUUUUCAUUUUAAGCAACAAUAAUUAAGUCCUUUUUAUUCAAGCAUAUUUUAAUGCCAACAAGACCUCUAUGUAAAUAGAUUGAUGACCUGUAAAAUAAAGAAAAGUGUUAAUCAUG